AUGGAGGACGGUCGAUAUGUAGUACGGCUACCGAAACACGUGAACAUCGAGCAAAUGUUGGGUGAAUCUCGUGCGAUGGCUUUAUCAAGAUAUCGAAAAUUAGAGCAACAGCUGGGAUGGAAUGCAGAUAAGCGUCUGCAAUACAAUGCAUUCAUGCAAGAAUAUCUGGAUCUAGGGCAUAUGAGGGAGGUUAGCCCAGAGGAACUCCUGAAAGAGACAGCAUCGGAAAGCUCUAGAAAGGUCUACUACUUGCCGCAUCACGCGGUGCUGAAAGAAUCAAGCACUACAACAAAGGUUCGCGUUGUUUUUGACGGAUCAGCUAGCACGGACAGUGGCUAUUCAUUGAACGACGCUCUUCUAAAGGGUCCCAUAGUUCAAGAUGAACUUCUAAGCCUGCUUGUUCGGUUUCGGAAGUACGAGGUGGCAUUAGUUGCAGAUAUUGAAAAGAUGUACAGGCAGGUGCAAGUACAUGCUGAAGACACCAGAUUGCAGCGCAUCUUCUUCCGAUUUUCUCCGGACGAACGGUUUUUGAGCUUUCAACAGUAA